AUGAUUUCACUUAGUAUUAGUGCAUCUUCGCAUCCCUGCUCGACAUGCUCACGAACCAUAAUAUGUGAUCACGCUCGGUACUUUGUUCGAGAGUGGGCACUGUCAAACUUUUCAAGACGUAAAAGACAUGAGACGGAAGUGGCCCUGCUGGCAGAAGUAGUUGCAGAUAGUGUGCGCAAAGUAAACAAUGGGUGGGUGGAUACCUCAGCCACUACUGUUACAAAUUCUGAAGGUUUAACCGAUGAUGCUGAACGGUAUCCUGACGAUGUCGCACCAACUAAAAGGGUGCGGCCGGAGCAGGAUGUGCGGAGUCAGACAAUGAUCCUGGAUGAUUGGAAAACUUAUGAUUCGCCCUGGUCUACGGUGAAUAACUUUCCAGACUCUGUCGCAUCUACCAGCAUUGCUCAGCGCAUGAUACGAGAUGCUUUGCUGAGUGAACCGGUUGAAUCUCGGCAUGAGUUGACAAGGUCAGAGACGGGACAAACAUAG